AUACUCUCCGCUCAAAAUUUAUAAGAUCGAAUUUAGCUAUUUCCUCCAUUGAAAUCCAAGAUGAACAUAUAUCAGAUAUCACUGGUUCUUUGGAUUCAAGUCUUAGCCGUGGCGGUUUUUCAAGUAAGUUGCCAAGACCUAGCAAAAGAGUUCCUCGAUGCUCACAAUGCUGCUCGAAACUAAGUUGGCGUUCCCCCCAUGAGAUGGGACAACGUGUUGGAGGCCUUUGCACUCAAUUAUUCUCAAGGAAAGAUCGAUACUUGCACUCCCCAGCGUGCAAGUGUCCCUUCGGGUCAGAAUAUUGUUUGGGGUGCCGACAAAGAUUUUUCAGCGACAGAAGCUGUCAAACUUUGGGUGGAUGAAAAACAAGAUUACAACUUGGAAUCUGGUGUUUGUGCUCCAGGCAGGGCAUGCUCUCAUUAUACCCAGGUAAUUUGGAUUAAUUCAACUCAACUUGGAUGUGGUAAAGCUUUAUGCAAUAAUAAGGGAGUUUUCAUUGCUUGUUACUAUUACCCUAUUGGUAAUAUUCCUGGGAAACGUCAAACUCAAGGGAUUGAAUUCCUUAUACAACCUGUUGUUGCUCCUAUAAGUCCUACCGCCAUCCCUUACCACCCUCCAUCACCCGAUACUUUUCCCUCGAAAAAAAGUAAAUCCAUGGUAGGGUUAGUCAUAGGAUUGAGUAUAGGAUCGACCUUUGGGCUAGUUCUACUGAUCACUUGCGUCAUUUUAAGACAAAAAUGGAAGAGAGAAAAGAAAUUUGACGACGACCAUGUUUUCGAUAUAUUGUUUAACGAUGAGUUCAACAAUAUGAUCGGACCAAGGAAAUUUUCAUUGAAUGAAUUGGCUAGAGCAACAAGUAACUUCAGCACCGAUAACAAGUUGGGUGAGGGAGGGUUUGGUUCUGUUUAUAAAGGACUGCUGAGGGACUUGGAUACAUACGUUGCUGUCAAGAGGGUUUCCAAGGCAUCGAAGCAAGGGAUUCGGGAAUACGCAUCGGAAGUGAAGAUAAUUAGCAGAUUGAGGCACAAGAAUAUGGUGAAACUAAUUGGUUGGUGCCACGACAGGGGCGAACUCCUACUCAUUUACGAGUUCAUGCCGAAUGGAAGCUUAGACGCACAUCUUUUCAAAGGCAAAAGCUUACUGACAUGGGAAACCAGAUACAAAAUCGUGCAAGACUUGGCAUCGGCACUGCUAUACCUUCAUGAAGAAGGAGAUUACUGUGUACUCCAUAGGGAUAUCAAAACCAACAACAUCUUGUUAGAUUCAAGCUUCAACGCUAAACUCGGAGACUUCGGAUUAGCGAGGCUAGUUGAUCAUUCGAAAGGGUUAAAAAACACUCUUUUAGCCGGCACCAUGGGAUACAUCGCUCCGGAGUGCUUGUCGUCGGGAAAGACUAGUAAGGAAUCAGAUGUCUAUAGUUUUGGAGUAGUGGCAUUAGAGAUUGCUUGCGGUAGAAGGUCAAUUGAACCCAAAUUUCAAGACUUCGAGGCUGUAUUAGUGCCUUGGGUGUGGAAAUUAUAUGGGGAAGGAAAGGUUCUCGAUGUGGCUGACCACAAAAUGAGAAUGGUGUUCGACCCUAAACAGAUGGAAUGUUUGGUGAUGGUUGGAUUGUGGUGCGCCCAUCCGAGUCAGGAUCAAAGACCAUCAAUCAGGCAAGUCAUUCAAUCUCUUCAUUUCGAGGCACCAUUGCCAAAUCUUCCCGGCACAAUGCCUAUUCCCAGUUAUAAUACACCUACCGCUCCAUGUAUCGAAUCAAGUAAUCCACCUGUGUCUAACAUGACUCUCACAUUCCCUCGUUAACAAGAAUGCUAUACAGGUGACGGUCCCUAAUAUAGCAUUAAAUUGUGGCAACAAGACAAU